AGCGUUUGUAGUGCGCGGUUAGCUGGUCUAGUCGGCGUUCACGUCAAGUGGUGAAGCAAUCAAUGAACUUCGUGAAGGGUGAUUAAGGAACUGUUGUUUACUCGUUCUUCACUCUGGCCAGCGAUGCAGCCGCAGUUCAAGAGAUGGGCUUCCGGGCUCAUCGUCGUGAGCUUCUUCAUGAGCUUCUCUUCGCCAGCCCCGUUUUACGGACAGCCGAACUUGGCAAACUUGGCAGCAGAACACCGGAACACUGAAGACGAUUUGCCUAGAUUUCCGACGCCCGAAGCGUCCGACAACUCUUUCCUUUGGAAAACGGGAGCUGGCGCUUACAGGUUCGGACUGCGGGCUCCCGAUCAGUGGCGGGUGGAGACGCGUGACGCUGAGGGGUCCGUGAGGGGGCAGUACUUCUACGUCACCCCCGACGGGGGCCGCGUUAGCAUGCAUUACAACGCAGGGCCUCAGCGUAAUAAAGGCAGCGAAUUACUUCAAGUGUCAGGUCCAGUGGGGGGAGCGGGCCAGUUGCUCUCACCGUAUAAAGGAGCCACGCAGCAGCAGGACGCCGCGACGUUGCAGGCGCUGCUGCUCAAGCUGCGGGCCGAGGAGGGCGUCCAGCCGUACGGAGCUCUGAAGCUCGUCUCUGAUCUCGGAACUCAGAGACUUUUUCCUCUCAGCGAUGGAGACCUGGUGGAUGAUGCCCUGCAAGCCGUCGUCACCUUCGUCAGGCCUGAUGUAGGGACCGUGGAAAACGGUCGCUGACUCACGUGCUUUCAUCUCUUCAUUUGUUAUAAAUCUUCCAUCUUUUGAUAACUUGGUUCGAAUAGAACUAUUGUGAAAUUAAUUAACAUAAUAUUAGUUGGAUGCUGUAUGGUUGGAAACAUGAUCAUUUUCGUUUAUAAUGGAAAACUGAUCAUUUCAGUAAAUGUUGUUAAAUUCAAGUACAGAAGAUUUGUUAGUAUUUAAUUCUCAGACAAAAUCCAUGGAAUAAAGUUUAUAGCGAACUUUUUUAGUAUUGCAAAUCUUUCCUUCAUGUACUUUCAUGUGUUCUCAAAUUUUAUUUGAUUUAUUCAUGAAGAAAAUUUAGUACUUUACUCACAAUCUGAUAUGUAUUAGAGAGCAUGAAAAAUACAUUAUAUAUUUAGAC